CAAGCGCAGCGCACAUUCAAGGUUUCACAAAAUGUCCCCAAGCGUCAUUCCGGACGAAGAGCUCAGAGAAGGCAGCGCCGACGUCCUCACGGCCGACGUCCCCCACGUCAACGCCAACGGCCUCCAUAAUGGCCACUCCGCACACGGACCCUCGAUGAGCGACGUCCUGGUCGUGGGCGCCGGCCCCGCGGGUCUCAUGCUUGCGUAGGAUCGCCCCAACCCCUCCAAAACGGAACCGUGACAUCUGACUGAGGCUCGUGCAGGGAUAACCUCGCCCGUUUCGGCAUCAAGGUCGACAUCAUCGACAACCGCCCCGACCGCACCCUGACCGGC